CCCGACCCCAAUCUCCCUCCCCCGCCGCCGCCAGCUGGGAGUCGGAUUGGCGGGGAGGCGUUUCCCUGAGUCCAAUCCGAUGGCGGAUUCCUUCGCGGGGGGAAUUUUUGCCUGAGCCAAUCUGACUCGAAUUCAGGACCGCCGGAGAGGAGGGGCAUAGCAACUCGACGGCAUGUCAAAGCGGCAGCUGACUCUUCAGCCGUGUUGCCACACAGCCAAGCGGCGGCGGCCGCCGCCGUCGCAGCUGCAGCAGUUGCGACAGCAUGUCUAUCUCGUGGUGGAUGACUGGGAAAGUGGAUACAGCGUCCGCAAGAUAGACAUCGACGCCAUGUACUCUGACGCCGGCGCCGACCUGGAUGACGAUGACGAGGCGGAGCCCCUACCAGAUCCCCCUGUCGUGCGCUUCUACGGCCGCCACUGCCGCCUGUCGCACUUUGGCGCGUACGGCACAAGCAUACUCGCCAUGCCAGUCCACUGUGAUGCCACAGGCGCCUUCCCCAUAUUCGACACAAAAACGCUGGGGCUCACACUCUGCCCCCAUCCUGGCGGCAGUAGUCUACCAUCCAAGCCCUUGUUUGCAUCUGUCGCUGGCGAGCUUUACUUGACAGUGGGAUCCUCCACGAUUGUGCUCGAUGCCCUGCAACCCCCCGGAAAUGAUGAAGACAAACAGUGGUCUUGGAUUAAAAGCCCAAAGAUCUUAGUUCCGUUCAACUCCGGUGAUGUCGUGUCCUUUGCAGUGCAUCCCAACGACCGUUUGCUUUUCGUCUCCCAAGCAGCCAGAACCUUCUGCCUGGACACCAAGUGCUCCACCUGGAUGACCCUAGGCAACUGGGUCAUGCCUUUCAAAGGUCAGGCCUACUUUGAUGACGAGCUUGAUGCCUGGAUAGGACUAUGCUGCCACAAAGGCGGCGGCGGCUACGUCUGCUCCUGCGACGCCCCGCCCCUGGCUGAUUACGCUACAAUGUCAAUCAUGCCGGCUUGGAAGCUCGGCAAGGACCAGCUCUUCAAUGCAGAUGAUGACAGGCACCUAGGAGCCACCCUUCUCUACCUGGGCGGCAUCAGCGACUACUGCCUGAUCGAGUCUCGCCUGCACAAGGACCAGCAGCCUUUUCGACCCCCUGAUGGGCCGCGCUGCUGUGUGCUGCGCGUCACCAAGUUUGGUCUCAAGUACGAUAAAAAUGGAGAGCUCAGGACGACACGGCAAACGGCGCGCUCCUACCAGAUGACUGAAGGACAUGAAUUUAAUGAGAUAUGCUCCACUCCUGUGGCAUUCUGGAUGUAGCCAACUUUUUUUGUUGAAUCAUUUAAUUUCCUGAGUUUGAAAGAUUUCAGAUUCCAGUUGUAAAUGUUAUAAUUUAUGCUGCAAGUCCAAAUUAUUGAGUUGAAAGUUUUA